AUGUCGGAAGCCUCAACAGCAGCAGGUCCCGCGCUCGGCCUCCAUGCCCUCUUGGACAAUCCCUUGUUCGCUGGGGGCAUUGGCCUCGGAGCCCUUGGCGCUGCCGCAGCCUUUGCACGCAAGGGCGUCAUCCGAGCGGCCGACGUCGCCCGCCAUCGUCUGCUCGUAAACGUCGAAAUCAGCAAACAAGACCCUGCCUAUCCAUGGAUCCUCGCUUGGCUGUCGCAGCCGCGCCCGACGCCCGGAUUUAUCGCUUCGAGAAUUACGCGAAUACACAAUCUGUCGGUAGCGACGACCACCACGUCAUCGGGACCGUUUGGUUCUGGAGGCCAGAGCGGAGCGCACUUCUUUCUUCAACCGGGCUACGGGCGGCAUAUUAUCAAGCAUGGAAGCGCAUUCAUCGCGGUGAAUAGGGAGAAACACAACACAGCGAACAUGAACACGGGCGAACCGCACGAAAUUGUGCAGUUGACGACACUCUGGGCGCACCGGCAGGUGUUCGAGGACGUGUUCAGGGAAGCACAUUUGCUUGCUGCCCAGGCAAACGAGGGCAAGACAACAAUAUACUCGGCGCGAGGGAUGGACUGGAUGCCAUUAGGUGAUCCAAAGACCAAGAGGCCACUAGGAUCCGUCAUCCUGGAUGAGGGCGUGAAGGAGGACCUAUGGCGCGAUGUGAAGGACUUCCUCUCGAGUCAGGAGUGGUACGUUGGCCGGGGAAUCCCCUACCGCCGGGGGUACCUCCUGUUUGGCCCACCCGGCAGUGGCAAGAGCUCCUUCAUUCACGCGCUGGCUGGAGAGCUUGACUUCAACGUGGCCAUGAUCAACCUGAGCGAGAUGGGCAUGACCGACGACAAGCUAGCAUAUCUGCUGACGAAGCUGCCCAAGCGGAGUCUGUUGGUGUUGGAGGACGCUGAUGCGGCGUUUGUCAACCGCCGCCAGAGGGACGCUGAUGGAUACAGCGGGGCGAGCGUGACAUAUUCGGGUCUGCUGAACGCACUUGAUGGUAUCGCUGCUGGCGAGGAGCGCAUUGCGUUUCUGACGACCAAUCACAUCGACCGGCUGGAUCCUGCCCUGAUCAGACCUGGGCGAGUGGACAUGAUGAUGCGCAUCGGCGAGGCGACGAAGCACCAGGCUGCGCAAAUGUGGGAUCGCUUCUACGGUGACGUUGAUCACGACCACAACGGCCGAGAACGCUUCCUGGCGCGGUUGGAUGAGCUUGGUUUGUUUGGCGUGGACAAGGAUGGACAGCCAUCCAAUCGCCACACGAGCACUGCGGCAAUCCAGGGUCUUUUCUUGUUCAACAAAGAGAACAUGCUAGGUGCCAUUGAAAUGGCCGAGGGACUGGUGCCUCGCAAGUUCGAGCCAAGCGAGACCGUGCCCGAGGGCGCCAUCAAGACGCCUUCGUGA